AUGGCGCCGCUCGUCACCGUCGUGGCCUUGCUGGCAGCGUCGAGCCUGGCGCAUGUCGCCCGUGGAUUUACGUUUACGUAUAGUGCCCCCACCGAGUGCGGAGAGUUGACUGUGGAAUGGGAAGGAGGAACGCCGCCCUUCCAUCUCAUGAAGAUCCCUUAUGGAGGGACCCUACAAAAUAUCUCGAUCCCAGACUCCAAUUUCGUCGAUGGGAAGGGAACCUUUUCGACGCCGAUGACUUCCCGAGCAAGUCGGAUGAUAGCGCUCGCAAUGUCGGAUUCGACGGGUUUGACGACGGGCGGUAUCACGCAAUCUAUGACUGUGGGCCCGAGGCAGUCUGGUAGUCAGGCUUGCAACUUGACGGAGUCUGAACAUGACUUUUACUGGUCCUGGGGUAGUCAGAGACAGUUGAUUGAGCAGUGCCAAGAUCUCAUAUUCACCGACUUCCAAGAUGCACGAUUACCAGUCACCGUCUACGCUUUCGUCCCCGGCGGCGAGUCACUCAUGAUCGGACCCAAAGCAGACUCCUCCUUCACCUGGAAACUCGCGCUACCCGCGGGCACGCCUAUAACCUUCUGGAUGACGGAUGCGGAUGGCAGGAACGGCGGCCUCUCGCAGCUGUACACCGUCGGUGCGUCCAGCGACGACUCGUGCCUCGCAGACCGGGGUAAUAACAGCAGUGGCGAUUCGGACGACGACGAUAAAAACGGAGGUGGAGCGCCGGUUGGAGCCAUCGUUGGAGGCGCUGUCGGAGGCGCUGCGGCGCUCGCUAUAGCCGUCUUCCUCGCUGUAUACUUUUCUCGACGCCCGAAGGCCAAGGGGAUCGUGCAGCCACUGAUGGAGGAAGGAGGUGCGCAUGGUGCGCAUGGAGCUUUCACUGGUGGUGCCAGUGCAUACUCGCCGAGUCCCAGUGGUCCUGCCUCGCCGGAUUACAGGCAGAGCACGUUCACGGCGAGCAGCCCACCGCACGACUCCUCCAAUGCGAGUUUUGCGGCUUCGCAGAUGGCGGCUGGACAAAUCUUUGUCAAGGAUAGAGGCGGCCACGGUGUUCCGCCGUCGAGCUACCACAACCCCAGCGACCGACAUAACUCGUUCUAUGCCUCGAGCGAUGUGUCGUAUCAGGCUUCGUCAGGCUCGGGCUCGAGGGGGUCGCAGUAUCCUCUCGCUCAUGGACAGGUUUCGGAGUCGGGUCGUGUUAUUGUGCAUUCUGACAUUACGGAGAGCUCUAAUGCGGUUGAGGAGCUCCCCCCUCAGUAUUCGGAUAGUCGACCGCCUAUUCAGGGUCUGGGGGAAGGGUCUUCGACCCCGGUUGGGGCUGGAAAGUCGUAGUGGAAUCUAGAUGACCUGGAACGUUCGCUCAUGAUGCUAACGAGAUUAUUUAUGAAAUCAUACCCCCUUUUUUCUGGGAAGUACGAACUGUAGUGUAGCAUUUCUGUACGUUGCCCUCGAAGUUCUGAUUUUUGACGAGCUUGGUAACGACUCUUGUCAUGUCAUGACUCACUGUAUUCUACUCCUUACGAAGCCUAUCUUGUCGUUUAGCUACUA